GCCAAUGGGCGGCGGAGCGGGCGGGGCAGCGCCGGGUCAGGGGUGAUCCCGGGAUGGUGUCCCGGGAAUGGUGUGCAGCCCGCGGCCAGCCCGGAGCCCGCGGCACGGCGGAGAGCCGCCCGAGGGAGAUCACAAUGGCCCAAAGGAUGUGUAGAACACAUUUGCUAUUCUGCUUUGCUUUGGCUGCAUUCUUCAUCUCUGCCCUAGCUGAGGAACAUGCAGGAGAGAGUCAACAUCCAAAUAUUCGUCUUGAUAAGAAUUUGGUACAAGAUAAAGAACACAUCAUGGAACACCUGGAAGGUGUUAUCGAGAAACCAGAGUCUGAGAUGUCUCCACAAGAGUUGCAGCUCCAUUACUUCAAAAUGCAUGAUUAUGAUGGCAAUAAUUUGCUAGAUGGGUUAGAACUUGCUACUGCUAUCUCACAUGUCCACAAAGAGGAAGGUGGUGAGCAUACCCAAGCAAUGAAGGAAGAAGAGCUGAUUAGUCUAAUAGAUGAUGUCUUGAGGGAUGAUGACAAGAACAAUGACGGAUUCAUUGACUAUGCAGAAUUUGCAAAAUCACUGGAAUAAGGGUUUGUUUCUCCUUCUAACACAUGAAAAUGUGAACCAGUAUAAUGUGAUUCAUUACUGUCUUAUAUCAACCUCUAUGUUGUGAGAAGGAGAGGUGUACCAGUUCCACCUAAAUUUAUUUGAAAGUUGUAUGUGUCAAGAGUUUUGCUAACUUGGAGUGAGAGCCAUAUUUGACUAAACAUAAUACGCAUUUGAAUAAUAAAGCAUGGAAGUGUCAAGAGUACUCACACAGGGUACAGCUGGCAAACUCCUAAGUAGCUCUGUAUGAAUACUAAAUAGAGUCAUUAACAUCUAAAUUUCAGGUUUUCAGUCGUUGGGUUUUAUAGUUCUUAUUUGCUUACAUCUUCUAUUUAAAAUUAUACCUAGAAAGCAAGAAUUGAUUACUGCAUAUAGUUGUAUUCCAAGGGGAAAUGCCUUUACCUUCUCUCUAAUUUACAAGAAAAUCUGUAGAUAAGUACAGGUGCUUGAAACAGUUUUAGAGGGAAAGCAUUUGAGUGUGGGUUAUGUUUGAGUUCCGCGUGACACCAUAUAAACUUAAACAAUCUUUGAAUAAAUUGAGUAUUUUAAAAUAUAUGUACUUCCUAGCAUAUCAUUACAUAUAAAUAUAUAUACAUAUGCCUUUC